UCUGGAAGUAGUUUGCCUGUACGGUCGGUUCGUUCUCUCUCUCUCUCGUCUCUGGUCGGUACAGAGUGUCCGGUCCUCCCCAAGAUGCCUUUCCUCGAGCUGCGGAGUAAUUUACCUGUCGCGUCUUUUUCGGAUGAUUUCGUGAAGAAGCUGAGCGCGUGCGCCGCUGCCUCUCUGGGGAAACCCGCGGAGAGGAUGAAUGUGGUGGUGCAGCCUGGUAGUCCCAUGCUGAUCGCUGGCUCCACGUCUCCAUGUGUGAUGCUGUCGGUGUCUGCCAUCAGUGUGACUGACACGGCCGACAAGAACAAGGAGCAUAGUGCGAAGAUCUUUGAGUUCCUGACCAAAGAGCUCAGUCUGACUGAGGACAGGAUCGUGAUCGUGUUCCACGCGCUGCAGCCUCACCAGGUCGGCAAGAAGGGGACCGUCAUGAGCUUCCUGUGAAGGAUGCCGGCGUUUCUGACACGGCUCACACUAACAUUCUGACAGACGAAGACGAGAAUGAAGACAAGGAGGGGACAAAGAGUAGUUUAGGAUUUUUCACAUAAUGAUGCAGUAACAUCUGAUUAACACUCCCUGAACCAUGAUGUCCACACAUGAUCCAUUUUUAUUCAUUAAAGACCUGAUGGGUUUAUUUUGAA